AUGAAUUUACACAAUAAUAAAGAACUUAGUGAUCUUCUCGAUCUCAAUGCUGUGAAACACCGAAGUCAUUUUCCUAACAACGUUGCCCAUCCUUCAUCAUCUUCUGCAUUACCUUCAUCGAUGUUACCCUCAACAAUUCAUUUUCCAAAUGGAUCUCAAAUUCCUCCCGCUUCGACCAAUGCCGAAGGUAUUUAUCCAGCUAAUGCUAACAAAGAAUUUUGGACACCAUCAGCAACUUACGACGAGCCGAUCUACGACGGUAAUUACAGCAAUCGUGAUAUUCUCCAUCCAUUUAUCACAUCCGAACCAUUAAAUCGUUCGAGUGACUUUCCAGCAUCGAAUUCGACAACAAGAACAUCAACAAAUGAUUUGACAUAUUCCGAUAAACUUAAUGAAAAAGUUCGCCGACCGACGAAUGUUUAUACAGGAGAGGAUUACAAUCCAGAAAAUUCGGCACGAUAUCCAACAGGAAAGUCAGUCUAUGGAAAUGAAAGCAAUUAUUUCGUCGAUGGUCAGAAUGCUCAUCCAUGGAUAGGACCACCAGGAACUUAUCUUCCUAGUGAACACGGUACAUUUACUGAUGCCAAUGGCACAUGUUUACCAUCAAUGGCAAGUUUUCGACCACAAGUACCAACGCCGUACACGAGUAAUGGCAAUGAACAAACAGUACAAACUGGAGAAACACUCGGCAAAGCGUUGCAAUCUAUUUAUCCCAAUGAACAUCCCUAUUCAACAUCAGCAUCAACACCUGUCGCAUCACCACCAGUAAAUGGAUCUAGUCAACCAUGGAUCAAUGCAGCACAGACGUAUCAUCCACUUACAUCUUUAAUCGAUCUAUCUGACGACUCAUAUUGUUUACUUAAUUUAAAUGAGCCGCCAAGAUUAGAUGUAGAUGAUACGUUUCGAGCAAAUGAUUUUCAUCACUAUUAUCCUGGCUAUCAUCAUCCACAUUCCACUGGACCAUAUUCAAAUUUCCUCAGUCAUCCACCAACGACAACAACGACGACAUCGGAUAUCUCUGCCCGAAGUCGACAUCAUGAUCCAUACUUAAAUUAUGGCAAUCCAGCAUCUUCAUCUUCAUCGACAUCAUCGAAUGAUGCCAACCAUACAUCGAUGAAUCCAGAUUUGAAGCUUGAAUGUCUUGACAAAGUUAAAGUUAACGUUGAGAAUAAACCGCCAGCAACCAAUGGUGCGACUCAAAUAACUACAGGUAAACUAAACGACUUCAAUCUUCGACAUGAUAUAUCAGAAGAGAAUGCGGCACCAUUGACAAUUGCUGUUGGUGGUGCGAGUGGAACACAUGCAGGACCAAUAUCGUCCUCGUCAACAAAAUUACGAAAUUCAUUGACAUUAAGUCCAAAUAGUCAUUUAAAUUUAUCGUACAUGCGUGGUGGACCACCGUCGGAAGAGAGUAUUGAUCCAAAUGAAACACCUGAAGAACGCGAACGUCGGGAGAAAGAUCGACGCGCAGCAAAUAACGCUCGCGAACGAUUACGUGUUCGAGACAUCAACGAUGCAUUUAAAGAACUCGGCCGUAUGUGUGCCAUUCAUAUGCGAAAUGAUAAACCAGUUACUAAACUGGGUGUACUUCAACAAGCAGUUAAUUUGAUCACAACACUUGAACAACAAGUUCGAGAACGAAACCUGAAUCCAAAAGCUGCAUGUUUACGUCGUCGUGAAGAAGAAAAAUCUGAAGAUCAUAAUGGAAAUAUGAACCUAAUGACUUCUCAAGCUCAAAUCUUAAUGCCAACAGAAUCUUCGUCGAUUGAUGGAGCAAAUUUCAUGGAACAAAUGCAUCCAUCGAUCCCACCAUCAUAUUGGCAGCAAUAA